AAUACUCAAGAUAACCACGUUUCUUAACAUUCCAAGUUUCCAACAACCAAAACUUCCAGAUCCUUCCACCACAUUCUCAAACAUUUCAGUGUGCACCAUUAUUUCCCUCCUCCCUCUCAUAAAUAAAACCCCCUCACAACCCACCACCCAAUCCCACGAAGUACCCCAAAAGCCCUCCGCUCUCUUAAUUUACCAAUUUAACCUUGCGUCCUUUUAAGCUCCAUGGCAUCCGAGCCUGACGUUUUCGAAAGAUUUGUUAGAAACAGAGAUAUGACUCUGUUUUUGCCUUUCCUCUUUGGCUUCUCUGAUUCUCAGUCUCGGGAUUCUUCAUCGCAAAACCAAGAUAACGACGAAAUGGGAGAAAGGAUCGCCGAUACUCCCAACCGAGAGAGGAUCAUACUAGUAAACCCCUUCACGCAAAGCAUGGUUGUCAUCGACGGCGCUUCAAGCCUCGAAGCUCUGUUUCGCGACAUGGCCGUUAACAACAGCAGCAAAGCCGGAAGACCUCCAGCUACGAAGGAAUCCAUUGACGCCAUGCCGAGCUUUGUAAUCAAAGAAGGUGAAGUUGAAGUAGGAGAGUGUGUUGUGUGUUUGGAGGAUUUUGGUGUUGGUGCUUUGGUUAAAGAGAUGCCAUGUAAGCACAGGUUUCAUCCGAAUUGCAUUGAGAAGUGGCUUGGGAUGCAUGGAACUUGCCCUGUUUGCAGGUACGAGAUGCCGGUUGAGGAAAAAGAUGAAGGGAAGAAGAGGGAUAGUGAAGGAGAAGAAGAACAAGAAGGAGGAGAAAGAGAGAGGAGAAGAAUCGGUAAUGGUGAAGUUUGGGUUAGUUUUUCUUUUAACAGGGGUAUUAGUAGGAGACAUAACGACGAUCAGAAUCACAAUCAGAAUCAAAAUCAAGAUUCUUCUGGUGGUGGUGAUGAUGAUCCUAAUUCGGGUGAUUAUGCAUCAUCAACUGCUGGAGGUGAUGCUGAAGCAGAAAAUUAGGGUUCCUUUUUUCCUUUUUUAAAUUUCAAUUUUUUGGUCGGCUGAGAAUGUUGGGUUUUUACAGUGUUGGUCAAAAUUAUGUACAGGAUACAGAGGCACAAAAUUGUUUGUAUCAUAUCAUUGUGGGAAUAAAUAAGUCGCUGAUUUUUUA